GUCAGUGGUCGUCAAGCAAACUUUUGCUUGGAAGCUCUCAGUCUGUAUAUUCCUGUGUGUAAAUGUAUUUUCUGUAUCUUUAUACGGGGCUACUCUACACCAGUUAACCGUGGAAAAUGAAUAGCUGUCAUGAGUCUGUGUCCCCGGAGCUCCGGCCUGGUACAGCUCGAGUUCUGGUGACUGAGCUGAGUGGUUCAGGCUACAUUAACCCAACUCCUGCCACCAAACUCUCUGAAGACUCUGAAACCGCAGAGGAGCUUCACCUUUCCCCAGAUAGGAUGAAGUCGCUGUGUGGAACUCAGGAUCUCUCUCAUGUAACAUCACUGGAGGUCUGCGUAGACACCCAAGAAAGCACACUGGGUAACUUUGGUGCCUACUUGCCCAAGUUAGAGAAGCUCAAAAUGAACAACAGUGUCAUCAUGUCAGUGAGAGACCUGGGAACCACCCUCUCCCACCUGCAGGUGUUGUGGAUGUCUCGCUGCUGCCUGCAAGACCUAGCUGGCAUUUCUACUUUGUGUUCUCUUAAGGAGCUGUAUUUGGCCUAUAACAACGUGUCAGACGUGAGUCAGGUUGGCAUGCUGGAGAACCUGCACCUGUUAGAUCUGGAAGGGAAUGAUGUGGAUGACCUAGUCCAGGUUCAGUAUCUGGGUUUGUGUAGCACUCUCCGGACACUCACACUGGAGGGCAACCCGGUGUGUUUACGCCCAAACCCCACCUCAACUCAGAUUGCAGACUAUAGUUACCGGGCAGCAGUGAGGGAGUUGGUCCCUCAGCUGCGUUACCUAGAUGGUAAAAGGGUGGAGGAGGACAUACUGAGUUGCUGUAGCACCGAGGGAGAAGACUUGGAGAUCGUCAUAAACGCCAUUAGAGAUUGCAACUCCUCUCUGACCACUAGCAUGGACGAGGAGAUAGCAGACAGUGCGUGCCCUUACAGCAGACCUAGUUCUGCCAGACGUCCUUCUUCCAGCCUCUCCUGUGUCUGGCCCAUGUCAUCUGUGGGCUCCAGACCAAAAACUGGCUCCAGACCCGUGUCCGCAGCCAGACCUGGAGUUCUCUCCCCUUCUGGGUCCAGACCUGGUUCUGCAGACUCAGAUCUAGCAGCAGUGGAAGCAGAAACCAGUGCCCUUACACAUGGAGCUGGCAAAAUUCUGUUCUGUGGAAACCCAGUCCAGGCUAUUCGAGCAAGACGAGAAAAGUUGAAAACAGCACCCACCAGAUCUACUUUCACCCCACGGGACUUGCCCAUCCAUGUACCAGAACACACGUAUGACCUUGAGGAGCCUGACCUUAGAGAACGUGUCAAUGUGUUUGCUCAGCUCAGAGCUUGGAGGGAGCAGCAUAGCAGUCGUAUUCAGGCCAUUGAGAGAGAAAGACGGCCACAGGUCCUGGCCAUUCAGCAUGAUGAUGAUGAUGAUGAUGAGAGAGAUGAUGAUGAUGAUGAAGAAAAAGAAGGCUUUGGUGGUAUGCGGAGUGACAGUAGUGAUGAAGAACUUGGAGAGGACAAACAGUGCGACAGCCUAGAUGCUGCCUCACCAGACUCCUCUUUCAAGUCUUUUUCCCCUGACCUGCAUCACAGAGAAGCCUUCUCCCCUGUUGUGGCUCAACUGUCCUCGUCCUCAGAUACCCCGCUGUCUCCUUCUCCCCCUCUCAGUGCCACUGCAGCUACUGGUAAACGGACGCUAUCACAGAUCCGUGCACGCAGGCUUCGUCUCAGCCAGGCCAACUCAGAAAAUGUACCUGAUUUCAGCAGAGUAGCAUGUGAGUCUGGACCAGGUACAACUCCUGCAGAUGCAGACCUCAUACUCCACAGGGUCCAGCAGAUGACGAGGACCAAAGUGCCUGUAUUACCUCAGUCUGGCCACGUUCUCCACCCACCUCCAACAAGUGUUCCAGAUGAAGGGCUCAUAGAUUCAUGUGAGGACAUGGACCUAUCCAGUGUACAGCUGCGGCUCCACAAGCACAAGAUGUCCAAAAUCCUCGACAGACCAGCAAUUACUCACCCUCACACAGCCAGGGCAGCUCUACAAAAACAUCACCAGCACCACAUACUCCAGCCCAGCAGAGGGCGCUCACAGCCAGACUGACAGCAGACUGGGCUGACUUGCAGGCAUCAGUAUGACUCCAGGAACUGUUCUGUUGAGGAGAAUCAUUCCCAUUAUUUGACUCAUCACUCAGUCAUGACUCAUCAUUCGCACAAUGCUGUCAGGUGUGUUGAGAUUUCUUGUAUUUGAAGACUCUCUCCCUUUUAGCAAUUAUUGAAUGUAUUCUUGUUGGGACUCACCAGUGCAUCAACAUCCAAGGAACUCAUUACUCAUAGGGCUUCAACAUAAGCAGUCAAGUUAUUAACAUGACUAACAGUGUAAUUGAAGGACUGAGAUAAUCUCUUUAAUACUACAGAGUUGCCGGUUUUAGCUGGAUGAAAAUGAAAUCGGAUGUAACUGACAACUGACUUGCAACUCUCAGGACAAAAUAUAAAAUUAUAUUUCAAAUGCAUCCUUUUGUUUUACCUAGUUAAAAAAACUUUCAUCAGUUUGUGAUUCUAUUUCAAUAAAGCUUAGCUAUAAAGAAAAGUCAAAUUAUUGCCUUAGGUCGCUGCAGUGACGGUGAUUUUCCUUAUAUCCACGGUGUAAUAGUCUCAUACUGUCACUUGAGGGCACUAUCUGUAAACAUCAAAUCAGAAUCUCAAUCCAUUGCUUCAAACCCCUUGAGCAAAUGAUCAUUCUACAACUCACCAUUUCAAAGAAAAAGAAUCAUUAGUGUAUUGCCCGUUUGGAAACAUCUGAGGUCUGAGUUAGAUUAAAGUGAUAUACAUUUAAAAUAUAAAGAAUGUAAGCAUUGCGCCUUGCUUGCUGCUAAUACAUGUUAAAAUAUUUCAUGACGUAUUACUGAUACAGAGCAGAAGUGAUGCAGUGGAACGAAUCAAGUCCAUUUGGAGUUUAUACGUUCUGUGACGUAUCCCAUUGUUUAUCAAAAGCUAUGGGAAAUUACCCAUCUACUGCACUGUGAAGGACAAUCUCAGACUCAUUUGUUCUGAGACACACUUGGAACAUACGCUGCUAUAUCUGGGUGGAUGAGGACCAGAGAGGGAGACAAUUUUAACACUUCAGUAGCUCUUAAGGUCAUAUAAUGUUAAACAGGUGUCUUUGAAAGCCAUCACAGUGGUCUUAGCAUUGAAUUUCAUUCCAGGGAAACAGCUGAAACCAGCACGGUGAUAUUUCCAAAUUUGUGUUUUGCAUGAACACCUGAACUGGGCACACAAACACACACAAACACACACCAUGAACACACAUCAGAAAGCACUUACCAUUUUUCUGUCAUCCAUGCAUCAGACCUGUCCACAGAAACAGGAUGUAAAUAAAUGAGUCAACGAAACAAAGCGCAGCCAGUUAUUAAACCUUGACAGCUCUGCUAAUACCCCUCCCCGCAGUGUGGAUUAAGAGAUGUACACAAUGUAGACAUAGGAAUGUGUCGGAUACAUGCAGGUGCCCAUAGCUACUCAGCUGUUAUGUAACAUGUUUGUGCUUUUUUUUUUUUUUUUUUUACCUUCUAGUAACACUUUCCAUCACGUAGCUGUACCACUCUCCGUCAUUUCCUCACACAGCUUCAUUUGUUGGGAUUGCUCUGCUGCCUUGCUCUCUGUCAGGUGUUUUUCAGCCACACUUCCAUCACGGCGGUGACACUGGGUUACAUCUCAAGACACAGAUGGAGGGGAAUGGAAUGAAAGGAAAGGCCUUUUAUGGUGGGAAAGUGGGAUGGUAGUCUCUCUGAAAAGACUUGUAAUUUCUGUGAAAGGCAUCAUUCUUACAGCCGGUCAGGACUGGGGACCUGAUCUGGCCUGUGAGAGGCUUUCUUCCACUCCCAGUUAUUACCAGAUGAUGAGACAAAACAGAAAGGUCUGGUUUCUAUAUGUGGUUUUUGGGAUAGUAAAUAUUACGAGAAAAGAAAGAGUAAUUUCAGUACUGAUGAUUUUAUCCAAUACAACACUGAUGUUGAAAGACAACUGCAUUAAAAAUGAGUUAUGUGAAAUAAUUUUUCUGGAGAUAAUUAAUAAAAACAGGUAGCCGAUUAUGUUACUAAGGCAAAUAUAUCUGAUGUUAGAGUAUACAUCAAGAAAAACGUCCUAAAAACAAACAAUGAAGCAGAGAAAACUAUCAGCACAUGCCAUGGAUACUACUAAAAUAAAUACCAGGUGAUGAGUCUAAAAUUAAAAUCGUGAUCAUGUCAGGUAGGUUGUGGUUACAUUCCUCAAAACAUUAUCAA